UGCCUGGCUCAGCUUCAAGAGCGGAGUCACGUGUCCCGUACAUCCAGCCAGGAGGGACUUUCCGAGCUGGGACUGGGAGUGUUGUCAUGAUCGGAAGGCGCUCCUGUUGAGCUGCGUUGUUCCUGGUCUGUUGUAUUUUUGGUUUUCAUUUCUCGCCGAUGAUGCUUGCAACCGGAAGUAGACAUGGUUGCUGACACUUCGCUAGAAAACUGUUACUACAAACUGGACGAGAAGCCCGAGGUGACAGUGACCAAUGGCAGGUGGAGCGCGUUCGUGCUGUGCCUCAGCUUGUUGCUCGGUGUCGAGGUCUUUGGGACAGCGUGCCUCUUCUAUAGUUUCUCCAAGGAAAUCAAAGAGACACAAAAUCUGGCACGAUUAGAAGAUUACCAAUUGCGCUGCAUAAAUUAUCUUGCUGAACCUAAUUUUACAGAACAAGAACUUAAUGGUGAUAUUGAUUGUGAAUUUUGGCUUCAGGAACUGAAUGUCACACUUGAUAAGAGACUGAAAUCUGAUAUCAGAAACACAGUAUAUCAUGAAUUUGCAGUGCAAAAUGUAUCCUUAUUUGCAUAUGACAGACCAGCUAUCCACCUAAAGCCACAAAAAAACAGAGGACAAUUACGUAGUCGACUGGACAAUGAUUUUCCAUACUUCAAGCAAGCAGAUGGACGUGAUGUGAUCCUAUGGGAAAACUCAGAGGAGCUGACUUUCCAGCAAGGGUUGAUGGAUUACAGGGAUGGAGAGAUUAUCGUAUUAAGAGAUGGCCUAUACUUUAUAUAUUCGCAGAUUUAUUUUUGGACUACUCCCCAAGUCAAGGAGUUUCAACAACAACCUUUCCUUCAGUAUGUAUACAGAAAAACCUCUUACCAUGAUCCAAUCCUUCUGUCCAAAGCAGUUGUCACCAAGUGCUGGCAUGAGGCUGCUGAGUUUGAUCUCUUUUCCAGUUAUCAAGGAGCAUUGUUUGAACUGACCCAGGGUGACCGCAUAUUCCUAAAAGUGACAGAUGUUACUGCUGUAAGCUUGAAUGAAGAAUCCACCUAUUUUGGAGCAUUUAUGGUUUAUUAAACACUAAAAUCAAUAUCAUGGAGCCUUCACUAUGGUUGAUGCUUUACAUUAAUAUUUGCAUUGGACUAUAUAGGAGGGUUUUAAUGGUUCGGAUUUCGUGAUACAGUUUUCAAUGCUUUUUGGUUCAUUCUGUAUUGGUUCACACAGUGAAAAGAAUUCAAUUUUCAAUGCCUUCGUUCAAGAGAAAACACUUAGGUGUUAUACUGUACUUGCAAGAAAAUUUAGGUUUUCCCAAAUGUUAACCUUUUUUAACAGGUAUUUUUUGAUGUCAAAAACAAAUAGUAGGGCAAUAAAAAAGGAAAGACAUCCACUUAUCAAAUCCCUUUUUGUUUAUGUGAAAUGGACUAAUAAUUAUUCGCUGUCCAUUCUAACAACACCAGCUAAUAAUGAAAAAAAAUGGUUUUGUGAUCACUUUUCAGGUACCUAGUUGAAGAUAAGAGAAAAAGAAAUAUCAUCUGAAAUGUUAGUGCCUCUACUGGCUAAGGGCAACACUAAUAGAUUUUUUUUAAAUGUAGCUGAAUGUAGAAUUGGUGUUCAGUAGGUGAUGAUAUUAAAAUAACCAUUUCCAAUUGGAAAUGUGUGUACAAGGCCAGAGAGGCAACUGUUAACGGUAAGAAAAUUUUUUUCUGCAAUGCGUUAGCCACUUCCCAUGUCACACAUGGUCACUGUAUUAAUCCUUAUUCUGUAUGACGGAUUCCAACAGCCUUAAGAAUGAAAGUGUUUGUAGAUUUGAGUUGUGGUGUAGCCUUCUACAAGGCAGCUGAGUGAAAGAAAAUAACAUGCAAGCAAAAAUUCUCAGGCAGGUUUCCAACUGUGCUGCUGUUUUAGUGUUGGGUGUUGUUGCCAAUUCCAAGCACAAAUAUUCAGCAUAGAAUUAAGAAAGGUCAUCUGCCCUGCACUCAGUGGAAAGAUAUAGCAAGAGAAUCGGCAUACUCACAAAUGCAGUUCUAUAUGAAGUAAAUAUCUGUUAAUAAAAAUAAAUUCUAUGCAAUGUUAAAAU